AUGGGUCGAAAGCAAGCAAGUGCAAACAAGGGUAGUGAAAAGAAAAAGUGCAUGAUGACAAUCGAGAUAAAGCAUGAAAUAAUAAAAAAACAUGAGAGUGGUGUACGAGUGACUGAGCUGGCUCGCCAAUAUGAGAGGAGUACACCAACAAUAUGUACCAUCCUCAAGCAGAAGGAUGCUAUAAAGAGUACUAAUCCUUCCAAAGGACUAACCAUCCUUUCCAAGCUGUGCAGUGAUAUUCAUGACGAGAUGGAGAGGCUUCUUUUAAUAUGGAUAAAGGAGAAACAGUUGGCAGGAGAUAGCGUGACCAAGACGAUCAUCUGUGAAAAGACCAGAGGAAUCUACGAUGACUUGAAAGGAAAGCAAGCAGCUGAGAGAGGGGAGACUUCGACGCCAACGGAAACCUUCAAAGCCAGUUGUGUCUGGUUCGAUAAUUAUAAAAAACAGACUGGGAUACACUCGGUUGUGAGGCAUGGGGAAGCAGCAAGUUCCGACUCGAAAGCCGCGGCGGACUACGUCAAAACCUUUGCCUCAGUUAUCGCAGAACAAGGAUACAUCCCCCAACAAGUGUUCAACUGUGAUGAAACUGGCCUUUUCUGGAGGAAGAUGCCCAGGAGGACAUUCAUCACGGCUGAGGAGAAGAGACUACUGGGCCAUAAACCCAUGAAGGACCGGUUAACUCUAGCCUUGUGUACCAAUGCCAGCGGUGACUGUAAGGUCAAGUCACUGCUGGUGUACCCCUCAGAAAACCCAUGUGCUUUCAAGAGCCAAAGGAUCUUGAAAGAAAAUCUGCAAGUGAUGUGGCACGCUAAUGCUAAGGCUUGGGUUACGCUGCAUUUUUCACAGAAUGGGUUAAUCUGUCCGGCAGUCAAAAAAUAUUUGGCCGAGAAAAGCCUGACAAUGAAAUGUCUCCUGGUCCUCGACAAUGCCCUUGGUCACUCUCCCAGUCUCGAAGAGGAUAUUCUUGAUGAGUACAGGUUCAUCAAGGUCUUUUAUCUCCCACCCAACACCACGCCACUCCUCCAGCCCAUGGACCAACAAGGUGUCACACAAAGAACUCUUAAUUCAGCAUGGAAGAAAUUGUGGCCAGCUUCCGUCGCUGAGAGGGACUUUGAAGGGUUCGAUACGCCAGACCCUGAUGAUCCUGAACCUAUUGUGGUGGAGGAAAUCGUGUCUCUUGGAAAGUCCAUGGGGCUAGAGGUAGAUGAGACAGACGUGAACGACCUUGUCGAGGAGCAUCAGAAAGAGCUCACGACACAGGAAUUGAUCAAGCUCCAGGAGUUGCAACAUUCGAAAGUGUUGCAGGAGCUCAGUAGCGAGGAGGAGGUGGAAGAGGAGGACUGCCUUUCUACAAAGGAAAUCAGAGACAUGUUAGCGAAGUGGCAGGAGUUUUCUGAUUUUAUGGAAAAGAGGCACCCAGACAAGUUGGUGUGUGGUCGUGCGUUAGCCUUUUGUGACAACACUUGUGUACGUCAUUUUCGUAACUUUUGA